GAACAGGUGUCAGACCAAGUUCACGUAGCACGAUACCGUCGUUUCCGUGUAAACGACGUUGCUUCUCGCUAGGCGUCGGGAUGCCACAGCGACAGUGCCGGUCCGCCAGUGACGUAGAUGUCGUCGAAGUUGUAGAUACGCCACCAAAACGCCAGUGAAGACGGUUCGAGAGAAAAAAAAGUGCGGUGCUGGAUACGAAAACCCUCUAGUUCCAUGGGACUAUCUACAUAGCCUGAGAUCGUGCAAGGGUACACAACAUGAAACUGCUCACAGGAAUAUCUGCCUACGAAUUACCUCCACGAUUUCGAGAUGAAGGAUCACAGUACACAUCGGUCAAGGAGACAUCUACUGUCACACUUGAGGCCGAGCUUUACCAUGUUUCAAAAGACACUGAUAUUGAAUGGACAAAAGACGAUGCACCAUUGGUGCCCGAGAAACGAAGAAGGCUGCGGAUCACAGGAAAUUUGGUCCAGCUGACCUUGGACAACGUCCAGAAAGAUGACGCCGGAAUCUACAGGGUCCAAGCCAAGUCUCCAGCAGGAGUGGCGAGCAGGGACCUGGAGCUCAGAGUGUCGAAUGCGACAUCUGCUGAAGAUGACGAACCACCAGCUUUCAUACGUAGACUGACAGAUCUUUUCGUGAAAGUUGGAACGAGGACUAGGUUUCUGGUGGAGAUUCGAAGUAGUUCUGAGCUUGUGGUUGAUUGGUACCACAACGAAGAACCCAUAGAGGAGGGAGAAAGGCUAAGGAAAGUAAGCGAAGGAGGUUUUUAUUGUUUGGACGUAGCUCCAGUGACUGCUCAAGAUGCCGGUAGGUGGGUCUGCACCGCUAGAAACGCUUCUGGACAAGCUUCCAGCUCGAGUCAUCUCAACGUACUUGUACCAAAGACGUACAAACCACCCGAGUUCCAUGAAGAACUACGUGCUCUUCUCACAGAACAGGGAACCGUUUCUCUGGAGUGCAAGGUGGUCGGAGUGCCAACCCCACUCCUCCGAUGGUUCAAGGAUGGACAAGAAAUAAGGGCUGGUGACGUUUUUGCCCUGACUGCCAACCCGGAGGAUCCCACGUCCCUUGGGACCUACAUGUGCGAGGCUGUCAACUGCAUGGGCAGGGCCGUUUCCAGUUCCAAGCUGCAUGUGAUCGGUAAGGGCGAGGAGGGGUACAAGACAUCGACAGAAAGUGCAAUUCCAUCUGGACCACCCCCGAUAUUUACACGAGAUUUAAAAGACGAAUCGAUCAAAAUCGGCGAUCCCUUAUCACUAUCUUCUCAAGUGAUGGUGCCACCGUGGCCGAAGAGUAUCACGUGGUACAAUUCGGAGGGUAAGAUAGAGGAUAAGCCUGGAGGAAGAUAUCAUCAAAGGGCUGAUGGUUUAGGAGGGUACAUGAUAGAUGUCAAACCGACCGAAGCUGCUGAUCAAGGCGAAUGGAAAUGCGUGGCAACAAGCGCAGACGGAUCUAUGUCCAUAUCGAGAUGCGAAGUCAAAAUGACGAUUCCGAAAUAUUUCAAGAAGCCCCGUUUCAUGGACAGCCUCAAGGCCGUCUUGACGGACGAAGGGCUGGUCUCCUUCGAAUGCAAGGUUGUCGGAUCUCCAACGCCUUUACUCAGGUGGUUCAAGGAUGGCCAGGAAUUGAAGCCUGGCGAUGUAUAUCUCUUGACCGGUACGAACUCCCUCGGUUCCUACUGCUGCAUUGCUAGAAACUGCAUGGGAGAGGCUAGGAGUUCCGCAGAGCUGACGAUCGAGGACAUCCAGAGCCAUCUGAACGACGAAGAACGAACGCAGCUGAUCCUGAAGAGCCAGGCCCCAAGGAUUCUUCACGGAUUGAAGAGCUGCGAAGCGAAGAUAAACGAACCUUUUAGAUUUAGUGUGCAAGUCAGUGUAACAACCCCCUUGGCGGAAGUAGCAUGGUUCCGCGACGACAACACCAUAGAAAACGAACCCGACAGGUACAUCCCCAUCAGAGAGAACCUGGGGGUGUACCACUUGGACAUCGCCAGAGUGGAGUGCAUCGAUCAGGCGGAGUGGAAGUUUGUAGUGACCAACGAGUUUGGUCAUUCAGUCACCACCUCUUUCCUUAAGGUGUUGAUUCCGAAACACUUCAAGAAGCCGAGGUUCCUGGAGAACCUCCGUGCUGUCUUGUCCGAGGAGGGAGCAGUCAAUUUGGAGUGUAAGGUUAUUGGAGUGCCUCAGCCAGUGUUGAAGUGGUACAAGGAUGGAGUGGAGCUGAAGCCUGGGGAUAUUCAUAGGAUAACUUCAGGAGAGGGUGGUACUUGCUGCCUGGGAACCUACACCUGCGAAGCAAGAAACUGCAUGGGUACUGUUGCAUCCUCCGCUUCUUUGUUAGGCUUCGAGGAACAGCAAACCAGAGCUCAACAGCAACGUAUAGAACUGGCCAGAAUUCCAUCAUUGUCUACUAUACACGAAGAGAGGACAUCGCAACUCUACGACACCGCUCACGGGGACCAAUCUUUGACCAUCGAUGACAGGGGAGAGAUUUCCUUCUCCUUUGAUGGCAAGGACGUAUCAGUUUCCUUAUACGAAACCCCUGAUUUGACCGAAGAAGAGGCCAUCCAGAUUGUAGAGAUGUACGCAGACCAGCUAUCAGAGCAUGUAUCAGAGCACAACAUCGUAGAACUACCAUCUUUAAGAUUCGUGAAAGAAACGUCCACCUCCGGUAACCUGGUGAUGGAGGCGGUGGUUGUAGACGUCUCGGAUGACUACUUCACAGCAGCCGCCGAAGAUGAUCUCCGCACAGAGGCGGAUGUCGACGAAAUGAUGUCGAUGACGGAUGAGUCCGGCAAUUUGAUAUCAUCUGUUAGAUCAGAGCAACUAAAAAUAGACCUCUCUUCUUACGAAGACGUUCCAAAAAGACCUCCUAGAAGAUCUGAUUCGCAGAAGACCAAUUCGUUCCACAGUCUAUCCAAGAAUCUCUCGGUGCAAUCUGAUGGAGCUGAAGAAAGUUUGGCAGCAGCUAUGGAGCUGGAAAGCGAGUCUCUUGGUGAAUAUGAGAGUGCAAUAAGUUCUGAGAAGAUCAAAGAUGAUAGAGCCUUCCAAGUCGCAGCCAUAACCCAAGCUUCGAGUCAACCAGAUAACCUAGAUUCUAGAAGACCUCUCACACCACACACUACCCAUGAAAUAGGUUCUGAUUUGAGGGUCAACAGAAGCGAAAGUGGUGAGCUCCGUUCGUCUAGAAGAAGAUCUUCUCAGAGCUCAAACGAUACCCACUGUGGCCAACGAAGCCUCGAUUUGAUUGAUGAUUCAUUCCCAAGAGACCUACAAGGUGAAGAAGGUGAUGGUUUGGUUAUAGACAGGGAACUGAAUGCUGCUAAAUUGCAAGAAUUUAAAGAAGAAGAGAAAAAUUUGAUAGAAGAACUAAAUUUCACUCUAUUAGAUCUAAAACAUAGUUUGAAAUCGGUGGAAGAAGAAAUCUACGUACAGUCGUCUCAAAAACAAUCUUCGACUUCUUCCACUCAAAGUCUUGAACUUCUCAACAGCAUUCUGCAACCUAUAAGUGAUAUUCACUUAGUUUUCGAAGAGACAAGAAGACCAGAUAAUAUGUCUACGGUGGAACUACUGGCUCCUCCUAUAUUUGAGCUUCAAAAAGGUUUAUCUAUAAUGGAAAAGUGCAUUGAACUGCAAGGCAAAGAUCAUACAUUAGUCCAUAAAACCUGUGCUAACAUAAUAGAUUCAAUAGGUCCACAAAUACACAACACCUUAGCCUUGGUUGAAAAUAUAACUAUGCUAGAAAAAGAAUUGAAUUCGACAAAAGGAAAUGGUAGAAUGACCCCUUCGAAAAUUAUUCAAGAAGUUUGCAUCACUAUUAAAGAAAUGGUCUCUAGUUUAGACAGGGCUGAAAAUAUCCUACAGGGUAAAAAGGAGGCUUGGUUCCAUGAGAGAAUCAAGAGUGAUUCAAUUUCUGAGCAUUCAUCUAGGGAUAGCGAUUUGUUGGAUCGUUUCUAUGUUCCAGCUAUUUUGAUAAAGAAUGCUCUGGAAGAUUUGGAAAAACAAGUAGUUAAUGCAGAUCCUCAACGUAUGUUCUCCACUAUCAGACAACCAAUCAUCGAUAAACUAACAGUUCCUCUCCAAAACCUCAAGGAAGAACUCGAACUUCUCGGAAAACAGUCUGUCAAACACAGAAACGACAAAUCAUUGGUGCAGGAGUUGAGAUUGAUAGUUUUGGAACAGUUAACAUCACCAAUUAGUGAUCUCAAAAAUGAAUUUAAAAAUGUUUGCGACAUGGAUUCAACCAAGAAAAACUCCGAUGUAGAUAAUAUAUCACUUCUGGAUUCUUUCGUUGCCCCCACCAUGGAAAUAUUAACAAGUCUCGAAAAACUCAAGAGGUCUGUUGAUACGUCCGAAAUAACAGCAACUUCAAGAAGUCCAAUUCCUGAAACAUCAACAUCCGAAGUAGUCAAGGAUGUUUUUCAUCAAGUCAGCCAAAUUGUGUUCACAAACAUUUCCCAAUUGGUGGAAGAAUUUCUGUUUAAUAUUGAAGCCGCCCAAAGGAAUACUGACGAUACUUCUCUGUUAGAAGCUCUGCGACAAUUGUCUUCUCUUCAGAAGGACUUCGCCUCUUGUACUUUCAAGGUUUCUCAGGUAGAAAACGAAUCAUCAGUCAAGGCUUUAGAAAGUUUAUUCCAACCUCUUCAAAUAUUGAACACUCAAAUCAUGGAAGUUACCUCCUCAAACGCGAGCGUCAUCUUGGAUGAUAUUAUUGCUUCUUUGAGCAUAUUGGAGGAAAGCAUCGUUGUCGAACAAGAAGAUGAAGAAGUAUAUAAGACAAUCUAUUUGCUCAGGAAAAGAACCAAUGAAGUCAAGGAGAACAUUUGUGGAUUGACUGAAAGAGGAUCAAUGAUUGAAUCAUUAGCUGAAGAUUGUAGUAGCGUAGUGGUAAUAUUAGAAGAAGGAACUGAUACUGUGAUAGCAGAAAAUAUGGUGGAGGAUACACGUGAGGUUAUCAAUAUAUUAGAGAAAUGUUCAGCAACUCAGCUCAUCUUAGAACCUGUUAUGCCUUCAAUUGAAGCUUUAGAUGAGAUAAUGCACGACGACAACUUACUAAAGAACAAGUCUGAUUUAACACUUCAAGAACGGUUCGCCUUACAACGGUACGUCCAACCCUUGGAAUACAUAGAAGAUCAGAUAAUCGAAUCUGUGGAUACAAUCACGGCACAAACAAAUGUAGAGCAACUAACAGAAAUCAAAGUACUUCUAGAGCAUUUGCAAUAUAAUGUUGCUGUCAUGCAUCAGCAAAUAGUUGAUGAAACACACUUUUUGGAGGCAACUCCCAAACCAAGUUUCGAUCACUUGAAGAAGUGCAUAACAGCAGUUCAGAGUCUACCUAUUAUAGCAGAAACUCCAGAGACCGAAGCUAUAGUUUCCCCUGCAACAAGCAGAGCAAUUUUGGAGAGUGUUUACGAGUUAGAAAAAUGCUUGGCAGGCUUUAGAGAGGAAACAACAGCUGAUUCCGAUGAGGUGAUAGCUCCACAAAUUAUACAACAGGCUGCAGAAAUUGCAGAACGUGUUCAAGAACUCAAACAGGUGUCUUUGUUUGAAGGCAGCUCUUCAGUUUUGACUCCUGAAGACAUAGAGAAAAUCAAAAUGUUGUCGGAGCCUCUAAGAAGGUUCAGUCACAGUAUCGCCACUGUCCAAGGGGUGGCAGAUAGUCAAGAACAGAGGUUGCAGGUGUUUGAAUUCUUAUUGGAGCCCUUGGAAGAUAUAGACAAACUGAUUAAAAACAUAUCGAAUGAAACCAUCAAGAACUAUUUGAUCAAGUUGGAGGAUCCUCUGAGCCAAGCCUUGGAAAUAAUUUUUUUGGAGAAAGGUAACAUGGAUAUAACAUCGGCAGAGAUAGAACCCAUUGCGAAAAUUGGCGAAAUAGCUAACAAUAUGAGAGAUGAGGUUAUUUCGAUUAUAACGAGUGAAGGCUUGCCUUCAACUGAAAAUAUGAGGGAAUUCCUACAGGAUCUGGAUAAGGUCACAUCACAAAUUCCAGAUGAUAGUAGUUUAAAGUAUGUAAGGAAUUGUAUGAGACAUUUUGGCAAUUCUAUAAGUUCUGUCCUUGAUGAACUUUCCACAGUUGAACAAGAAGAAAUAUCAGAGUCGACCCUUUCGCUUGCACAGGAGGUGCCAGAAGAGGAGAAAAUAAAAGCCGAUAUGGUGCAGUUUAUUUCAGAAAUUAUUGAUCUGAUGAAAAGUAAAACUCCUUCAUGCUCAAGAAAAUGUUUACUACCAGAAACACUGCAAUGUACUCUUGGUAAUCGAAAUUUGAAUGAAUUAUUUAAAGAUAUUCCUUUGGAAAUAUGUUCACCCAUAUUGCAAAAAAUGAAAAGCCUUCUGAUAACCAUCAAUGAAUAUCUGGAUUAUGAAAUUCCUUCAACUGAGAGAGUAAGAUCUGAAACUCAAAGGUUCAUCGAUACCUUGCCUUUAGAAGGUGUAGAAGAGAAGCCUUUGAUUGAACUGUCACAAAUGUUCUUCUCCAUAAGAAGUGUUUUGGAUGAAAUAUUGUUACAAGAGAAGAAAUUCAAAGAGAUCAAACAACAAUGUAUAGAAAAUCUAUCUGCAACGAUAGAAAUGUUUGGAACGUUAGUUUCCACCCAGAAAAUCACAGAGGGUGGAACAUUCAGUUCUACGGAUUUCCACAAAACGUUGUGUUCCUUAAAACCACUUGUAUUUGAUAUGGCGGAGUUGGAUCUCGCUGAAGAAAAUUUGGAGUACAUACAAACAAUUCAAGAAGCUUUCUUGGAAAUGAAUCAGUUAUUGGAUAGUUCCUCGUCUAGAACAUAUAUUGGUGAGAGAAAAAAAACACUGAAAAUUUUCAGUAUCCAAGAUAAUGGAUCAGAAAAAUUAAAGAAUUUCGAGAAAACAUUACAAGGUCUCAUAAAAUUCAUUCCAAGCAUUGUUGAAAAUAUAGACGAAAUGAAGAGAGUGACAUUGAGAAAUGAGAAAUUGCAAAUAGUACACGAAAAACUGAGUCAGCUCUGUCAAUCAGUUUUUCUCGAUUCGUCUAGGGAAGAACUAUUAGUUCAGAGUAUUCAGGAUACAAUAUCUGAAAUAAAAAGUCUUCUUCACUCUCAGGAUAUUUUUAAUCCAGACGAAGGGAAAACCUUCGAACAAAUAUGCAGUUAUUUGAGUGGACUUUCCACUAGUAAAUCACCAGAGGACAUUCGGACAGUUGUUGAAAACUUCCAAUCAGAAGAGCUAAUUGAAAGCGAUGAAUACACCAAAAACAUUCAAGUUCUUUUGUUGAAUAUGGCUGAACAUUGUCAUAAAAAAAUCUUGGAAAGCUUUUCUGUGCAAAAAGUACACUCCGAAAUUACUGAGGAAGUACCUAAAGAUCAGAUGUCUAUCCAAGAAAUUCAAAAUGAACAUGUUGUCGAAAGUUCUCCAGAUAUCAUGGAAAACAUGAACCAAGAAUGUUUAGCUAGUGAGAAAAGAGAAGAUAAUAUAAGUUCAUUGUUCUCUGAAAUAGUCCUAUCAGCGAACUCUAUAACAAAUAGUCCAUUUGUGGAACCAAUAUUGAAAAAUGACAUAAAUAACAUAGUUACAUUCCUAUCAGAAAUCAUUCCAAAAUUAGAUGAUAAAAAACUAACCGAAAAAGAACUGAACUUCUUUCAGAAAUCAAAAGAUUUUAUGAAUCUCUACAGCGAUUUGAUAAAUGAAGCGAGACAGACACAGGAUAUCAAAAUUCUUUUCGAAACUCUCCAAGAAUCAAUAGUAUCAUCUAGUCAUGAAGUUAUGAUACUAUACGAACUCCAAGAGAAACUCUACCACGACCACGUCUCCUGUCUCAAGAAACAUGAAUGUUCAGAAGCCGUCAAGCUAUCUUUAGAGGAAUUCCGCAGAAUGAUAAAGAACUUCGAGCCAUGCAAAUUUUCUGUUCGUUCAGAUUUAAUCGAAUUGAAAAAAUCUAUCACAGAGAUAGAGAUGAACGUAUCUUUGCUGAAAACAGAAAAUCCAACUUCAGAAGAAAAUAAAGCGAUAGAUCAGUCCUUGAAGACCACUUCUGCACUGCAAGCCUACAUCGAACAUAUAGCAUCUACUGGUCAGUUAGAAUCUCCAGAGAGUGUGAAAAGUUCCAUCGAAGAACUAAAGGUGUCUAUACUCGGUCUUGGUGAAAGCGUCGACUUGAAAACAACCCUAGAAAUUUUCGAAGAAACCAUUAGAAAUACAGUGAAUUUAUUAGAAACUAUCCCCGAAGAGAAUUACAUCAAGGUGAAGAACUGCACGAUGCAAAUAUUGAAAGAAGCCGAGAACACGAUAAAUUCUUUCGAUGCCUCUAAACUAACAAGGAGAAGGCGAUGCAUUUUAACCGAAGCUCUGAAACAUCUGAAUCAAGUAUAUAACAUUCUCGGUGGAUUAGUCUUUGGGGGUGAGAGUGAAUGCAUUUACUUUGGAAAUCUUCAAGAUCUAGUUAAGACCAUCGUUGAACUGAUAGAAAAUGAAGAUUUUCCACCAACUGAAAGCAGAUUUGAAGUAUUGGACUCCAAGGUGAAAAAAUUGAAGCCUUGUCCACAGGAAGAGGAUUUCUCCUCGACUUUCAACAAUAUGAAUAGUCACAUGACAGUAGUUGUGGAUAGCAUAAAAACCUUUAUCUCAUCUCUUGAAGAUACGUCAGACGAUAUGGAGAUAGCGCUUUCAGAUUUGCAGGUGAAACUUAACCAAUUGAGGAUCUCCAACCCUUCAAGCAAUAACAAACUCAUGGAGGAGUUAUUAAGAGAAAUCCACAUGAGUUUGAGCGCUCUACAAUUCGUCGCUUCAAGCCUUCUAGACGAUGAGAAGAAGGUUCUGAGAGUGGAUGAAGUACAAAUUGUUUUACAGAUAACGAGAGUCAUCGAAAAUAUGAAUGAGAUCAUUAUUUCUGCUGAUUCCGAGUUGAGUUCAGAUCAGAUAGUUGUUUUGGAAAGUUGCGUUCUAUCGCUAAAGAAGGCAUCUGAAAGCAUCAAUAAAGAAUCCUCUGGAAAGGAUUUCAUUGAGCCUUUACAUGAAAUAACUUCCAAACUAAACAAGGCAUAUGACAAGAUCAAACGUCACCAAGAGGAUAUUUAUCUCCAAAGGAAAUAUAUAAUAGAACAAUGUUUCGUCAAUAUAAAUGAUCUACAAACAAAAGUGAUGGAUCUUGGUCUACAAAAAGCCCAAUUGAAAGCUAUUCCGAAAGAUAUAAGUCCAAUAAUCCAAAGGAGCGAUAUAAUAGAAUUGUCUUCAGAGGAAUUCGAGGGUCUCAAAAAAAUCACUGAAGAUGUUCCAAUGGUUAGCAGAAUUUUGGAUGAAGAGGUGAAUUCAGAGAAACGUCACAAAACACUUAAGAACUUCUAUACUGAAUCCUUGGAAGUAUUUCAGAAAAUUUCAUCAACUCAGUUGUCAUUGAAUGUGAUGAAUUUGUUGAAAGAUAUUGAGACAGAGAUGGUAUUGGUAUUAGAAGAACUGAACGAGAUGAGUUUUGACAAAUCUGAAGAAGAUGUUUGUGCUGUACAGUCUCCAGAACCACCAAUUGGAAUGAAAGAACCCGUUCUCAAUCUGUUCAAUGCUUUAUCGGAGUUACAAAGGAGAGUCUUGAGUAUUUCAAAGGUGGAGGAAGGAGAUUUGGAUUUAUUCUCUUCAUUGUAUCCUCCUAUUACUCAGUUGCAACUAGAUCUAAGAAAAGAAGGUUCAUUAUUCGAUGACGAAACCUCUCUUAUAGUUGCUCUAAAUGGAGCAGUUGCAGAGUUUAUUGAUCUGUCCGAAAAAAAUGCAUUACACUUCCAGUCAUUUUCAGACUGCCUUUAUAAAAUGGAAAAUACAUUGAUCAGUGCUUGUAUGAAAGCAGCAUUAGUCAAAGAAACUGCUUCUGGAUCUCAUGUAGAGGAAAAUGUCAUCAGAAAUAUCCUGCCUGCAUUAGAUUCUCUGGUCAAAAUCGUUAUCAGUCUACAGACAGAAUUUAACUGUAGGAUUCAACUGCGUGGAAGUUUGAAUCGACUUGAUGAGGAUUCGUUGUUGCUGCAACAAAUAUUGGAAGACAAUAUCGAAUUAAAGAAACUAUCUGAGCCUCUCCAAAAUAUCUGCUCAUUCGUAAGAGCUGAGAAUACAACAUUCAAAUCGCAGAAAUAUGAAUCAUUUAUUCCUAAAAUAAAAAUGUUAUUAUCUAUUACGAAUGAUUUAUUGAUGCAAGAAAAUGUCAAAAAUAAUCCAAACAUUUUGAGUAAUUUUGAUCGAAUGGCGUCAACCUGUAGAAUACUAUGUGAAAAAGCUGAUUCAUCGAAAAUUCCAGUGAAUAUUUUUGAAUUGAGCGCUAUACUCAAAAAUAUAUAUGAAAUAUUAAGAGUACCCGAACAACCGGAUGUCAAAUCUUUAGAGAAAAUAGUUGAAGAAUCCCAAGAGACAGAAGUGACUUGCGUAGAAGAAGAAAAACCAACACAAUCUUAUGAGAAACAAUUACUAACAGCUGAAAUAAAGGAAUCUGAAAAUGAGAUGAAAGUUAUUGCUGACAUCAAAAUGAUAACAGAAAAUAUUUCUAAACUGAAUAUUGAGCCUCAAACGGAAGCGCAACAAGGUGUCAUGAGUCUUAUCAAUAUUGUCAAACCACUUACUGAAUUGAAAGAGGGUAUUGAAAUCUUCGAAAAAAGUGAAGAAACAGUAGCAGAUAGUAUGAAAGAAGAUGUAAAGAAAAAGUUGGAAACCAUGAGUGAGCCUUUGGAAAAACUGUCUUCCGUUUUGGUCAUCUUGACUGAUAGUGCAAGCAAACCAGAAAUUAAGAAUGUGGAAAAAGAAAUCAAAAACGCACUGCUCAGCCUUGAAGAAACUCUGAAUGUAAUGAGUGUAGAACUACCUAACAAAGAAAGUAUUCAACUACUUACUCAACCCAUUAAGAAAUUACAAUGUGAAGUAAGUAAUAUCGAGAAAAAAUUAUUGACAGCGGAAAUGAAGGAAUCUGAAAGUAAGAAGAAAGUUGUUGCAGAUAUCAAACUGAUAACAGAUAAUAUUUCCAAACUGAAUAUUGAACCACAAGCAGAAGCGCAACAAGGUGUCAUGAGUCUCAUCAAUAUUGUCAAACCACUAACAGAAUUGAAAGAGGGUAUUGAAAUUUUCGAAAAAAGCGAAGAAACCGUAGCAGAUAGUUUGAAAGAAGAUGUAAAGAAAAAGUUGGAAACCAUGAGUGAGCCUUUGGAAAAACUGUCUUCCGUUUUGGUCAUCUUGACUGAUAGUGCAAGCAAACCAGAAAUUAAGAAUGUGGAAAAAGAAAUUAAAAAUGCACUGAUAAGCCUUGAAGAAACUCUGAACGUAAUGAGUGUAGAACUACCUAAGAAAGAAAGUAUUCAACUACUUACUCAACCCAUUAAGAAAUUACAAUGUGAAGUAAGUAAUAUCGAGAAAAAAUUAUUGACAGCGGAAAUGAAGGAAUCUGAAAGUAAGAUGAAAGUUGUUGCAGAUAUCAAACUGAUAACAGAUAAUAUUUCCAAACUGAAUAUUGAACCACAAGCAGAAGCGCAACAAGGUGUCAUGAGUCUCAUCAAUAUUGUCAAACCACUAACAGAAUUGAAAGAGGGUAUUGAAAUUUUCGAAAAAAGCGAAGAAACCGUAGCAGAUAGUUUGAAAGAAGAUGUAAAGAAAAAGUUGGAAACCAUGAGUGAGCCUUUGGAAAAACUGUCUUCCGUGUUGGUCAUCUUGACUGAUAGUGCAAGCAAACCAGAAAUUAAGACUGUUGAAAAAGAAAUCAAAAAUGCACUGCUCAGCCUUGAAGAAACUCUGAACGUAAUGAGUGUAGAACUACCUAAGAAAGAAAGUAUUCAACUACUUACUCAACCCAUUAAGAAAUUACAAUGUGAAGUAAGUAAUAUCGAGAAAAAAUUAUUGACAGCGGAAAUGAAGGAAUCUGAAAGUAAGAUGAAAGUUGUUGCAGAUAUCAAACUGAUAACAGAUAAUAUUUCUAAACUGAAUAUUGAGCCUCAAACGGAAGCGCAACAAGGUGUCAUGAGUCUCAUCAAUAUUGUCAAACCACUAACAGAAUUGAAAGAGGGUAUUGAAAUCUUUGAAAAAAGCGAAGAAACAGUAGCAGAUAGUUUGAAAGAAGAUGUAAAGAAAAAGUUGGAAACCAUGAGUGAGCCUUUGGAAAAACUGUCUUCCGUUUUGGUCAUCUUGACUGAUAGUGCAAGCAAACCAGAAAUUAAGAAUGUGGAAAAAGAAAUUAAAAAUGCACUGAUAAGCCUUGAAGAAACUCUGAACGUAAUGAGUGUAGAACUACCUAAGAAAGAAAGUAUUCAACUACUUACUCAACCCAUUAAGAAAUUACAAUGUGAAGUAAGUAAUAUCGAGAAAAAAUUAUUGACAGCGGAAAUGAAGGAAUCUGAAAGUAAGAUGAAAGUUGUUGCAGAUAUCAAACUGAUAACAGAUAAUAUUUCUAAACUGAAUAUUGAGCCUCAAACGGAAGCGCAACAAGGUGUCAUGAGUCUUAUCAAUAUUGUCAAACCACUUACUGAAUUGAAAGAGGGUAUUGAAAUUUUCGAAAAAAGUGAAGAAACCGUAGCAGAUAGUUUGAAAGAAGAUGUAAAGAAAAAGUUGGAAACCAUGAGUGAGCCUUUGGAAAAACUGUCUUCCGUUUUGGUCAUCUUGACUGAUAGUGCAAGCAAACCAGAAAUUAAGAAUGUGGAAGAAGAAAUCAAAAACGCACUGCUCAGCCUUGAAGAAACUCUGAAUGUAAUGAGUGUAGAACUACCUAACAAAGAAAGUAUUCAACUACUUACUCAACCCAUUAAGAAAUUACAAUGUGAAGUAAGUAAUAUCGAGAAAAAAUUAUUGACAGCGGAAAUGAAGGAAUCUGAAAGUAAGAUGAAAGUUGUUGCAGAUAUCAAACUGAUAACAGAUAAUAUUUCCAAACUGAAUAUUGAACCACAAGCAGAAGCGCAACAAGGUGUCAUGAGUCUCAUCAAUAUUGUCAAACCACUAACAGAAUUGAAAGAGGGUAUUGAAAUUUUCGAAAAAAGUGAAGAAACCGUAGCAGAUAGUUUGAAAGAAGAUGUAAAGAAAAAGUUGGAAACCAUGAGUGAGCCUUUGGAAAAACUGUCUUCCGUUUUGGUCAUCUUGACUGAUAGUGCAAGCAAACCAGAAAUUAAGAAUGUUGAAAAAGAAAUCAAAAAUGCACUGCUCAGCCUUGAAGAAACUUUGAACGUAAUGAGUGUAGCACUACCUAAGAAAGAAAGUAUUCAACUACUUACUCAACCCAUUAAGAAAUUACAAUGUGAAGUAAGUAAUAUCGAGAAAAAAUUAUUGACAGCGGAAAUGAAGGAAUCUGAAAGUAAGAUGAAAGUUGUUGCAGAUAUCAAACUGAUAACAGAUAAUAUUUCCAAACUGAAUAUUGAACCACAAGCAGAAGCGCAACGAGGUGUCAUGAGUCUCAUCAAUAUUGUCAAACCACUAACAGAAUUGAAAGAAGGUAUUGAAAUUUUCGAAAAAAGUGAAGAAACCGUAGCAGAUAGUUUGAAAGAAGAUGUAAAGAAAAAGUUGGAAACCAUGAGUGAGCCUUUGGAAAAACUGUCUUCCGUUUUGGUCAUCUUGACUGAUAGUGCAAGCAAACCAGAAAUUAAGAAUGUUGAAAAAGAAAUCAAAAAUGCACUGCUCAGCCUUGAAGAAACUUUGAACGUAAUGAGUGUAGCACUACCUAAGAAAGAAAGUAUUCAACUACUUACUCAACCCAUUAAGAAAUUACAAUGUGAAGUAAGUAAUAUCGAGAAAAAAUUAUUGACAGCGGAAAUGAAGGAAUCUGAAAGUAAGAUGAAAGUUGUUGCAGAUAUCAAACUGAUAACAGAUAAUAUUUCCAAACUGAAUAUUGAACCACAAGCAGAAGCGCAACGAGGUGUCAUGAGUCUCAUCAAUAUUGUCAAACCACUAACAGAAUUGAAAGAAGGUAUUGAAAUUUUCGAAAAAAGUGAAGAAACCGUAGCAGAUAGUUUGAAAGAAGAUGUAAAGAAAAAGUUGGAAACCAUGAGUGAGCCUUUGGAAAAACUGUCUUCCGUUUUGGUCAUCUUGACUGAUAGUGCAAGCAAACCAGAAAUUAAGAAUGUUGAAAAAGAAAUCAAAAAUGCACUGCUCAGCCUUGAAGAAACUUUGAACGUAAUGAGUGUAGCACUACCUAAGAAAGAAAGUAUUCAACUACUUACUCAAUCCAUUAAGAAAUUACAAUGUGAAGUAAGUAAUAUCGAGAAAAAAUUAUUGACAGCGGAAAUGGAGGAAUCUGAAAGUAAGAUGAAAGUUGUUGCAGAUAUCAAACUGAUAACAGAUAAUAUUUCUAAACUGAAUAUUGAACCGCAAGCAGAAGCUCAACAAGGUGUCAUGAGUCUCAUCAAUAUUGUCAAACCAUUAACAGAAUUGAAAGAGGUUAUUGAAGUCUUCGAAAAAAGCGAAGAAACAGUAGCAGAUAGUUUGAAAGAAGAUGUAAAGAAAAAGUUGGAAACCAUGAGUGAGCCUUUGGAAAAACUGUCUUCCGUUUUGGUCAUGUUGACUGAUAGUGCAAGCAAACCAGAAAUUAAGAAUGUUGAAAAAGAAAUCAAAAAUGCACUGCUCAGCCUUGAAGAAACUUUGAACGUAAUGAGUGUAGCACUACCUAAGAAAGAAAGUAUUCAACUACUUACUCAAUCCAUUAAGAAAUUACAAUGUGAAGUAAGUAAUAUCGAGAAAAAAUUAUUGACAGCGGAAAUGAAGGAAUCUGAAAGUAAGAUGAAAGUUGUUGCAGAUAUCAAACUGAUAACAGAUAAUAUUUCUAAACUGAAUAUUGAACCGCAAGCAGAAGCUCAACAAGGUGUCAUGAGUCUCAUCAAUAUUGUCAAACCACUUACUGAAUUGAAAGAGGGUAUUGAAAUUUUCGAAAAAAGUGAAGAAACCGUAGCAGAUAGUUUGAAAGAAGAUGUAAAGAAAAAGUUGGAAACCAUGAGUGAGCCUUUGGAAAAACUGUCUUCCGUUUUGGUCAUCUUGACUGAUAGUGCAAGCAAACCAGAAAUUAAGAAUGUGGAAGAAGAAAUCAAAAACGCACUGCUCAGCCUUGAAGAAACUCUGAAUGUAAUGAGUGUAGAACUACCUAACAAAGAAAGUAUUCAACUACUUACUCAACCCAUUAAGAAAUUACAAUGUGAAGUAAGUAAUAUCGAGAAAAAAUUAUUGACAGCGGAAAUGAAGGAAUCUGAAAGUAAGAUGAAAGUUGUUGCAGAUAUCAAACUGAUAACAGAUAAUAUUUCCAAACUGAAUAUUGAACCACAAGCAGAAGCGCAACGAGGUGUCAUGAGUCUCAUCAAUAUUGUCAAACCACUAACAGAAUUGAAAGAAGGUAUUGAAAUUUUCGAAAAAAGUGAAGAAACCGUAGCAGAUAGUUUGAAAGAAGAUGUAAAGAAAAAGUUGGAAACCAUGAGUGAGCCUUUGGAAAAACUGUCUUCCGUUUUGGUCAUCUUGACUGAUAGUGCAAGCAAACCAGAAAUUAAGAAUGUUGAAAAAGAAAUCAAAAAUGCACUGCUCAGCCUUGAAGAAACUUUGAACGUAAUGAGUGUAGCACUACCUAAGAAAGAAAGUAUUCAACUACUUACUCAAUCCAUUAAGAAAUUACAAUGUGAAGUAAGUAAUAUCGAGAAAAAAUUAUUGACAGCGGAAAUGGAGGAAUCUGAAAGUAAGAUGAAAGUUGUUGCAGAUAUCAAACUGAUAACAGAUAAUAUUUCUAAACUGAAUAUUGAACCGCAAGCAGAAGCUCAACAAGGUGUCAUGAGUCUCAUCAAUAUUGUCAAACCAUUAACAGAAUUGAAAGAGGUUAUUGAAGUCUUCGAAAAAAGCGAAGAAACAGUAGCAGAUAGUUUGAAAGAAGAUGUAAAGAAAAAGUUGGAAACCAUGAGUGAGCCUUUGGAAAAACUGUCUUCCGUUUUGGUCAUGUUGACUGAUAGUGCAAGCAAACCAGAAAUUAAGAAUGUUGAAAAAGAAAUCAAAAAUGCACUGCUCAGCCUUGAAGAAACUUUGAACGUAAUGAGUGUAGCACUACCUAAGAAAGAAAGUAUUCAACUACUUACUCAAUCCAUUAAGAAAUUACAAUGUGAAGUAAGUAAUAUCGAGAAAAAAUUAUUGACAGCGGAAAUGAAGGAAUCUGAAAGUAAGAUGAAAGUUGUUGCAGAUAUCAAACUGAUAACAGAUAAUAUUUCUAAACUGAAUAUUGAACCGCAAGCAGAAGCUCAACAAGGUGUCAUGAGUCUCAUCAAUAUUGUCAAACCAUUAACAGAAUUGAAAGAGGUUAUUGAAGUCUUCGAAAAAAGCGAAGAAACAGUAGCAGAUAGUUUGAAAGAAGAUGUAAAGAAAAAGUUGGAAACCAUGAGUGAGCCUUUGGAAAAACUGUCUUCCGUUUUGGUCAUCUUGACUGAUAGUGCAAGCAAACCAGAAAUUAAGAAUGUUGAAAAAGAAAUCAAAAAUGCACUGAUUAGCCUUGAAGAAACUCUGAACGUAAUGAGUGUAGAACUACCCAAGAAAGAAAGUAUUCAACUACUUACUCAACCCAUUAAGAAAUUACAAUGUGAAGUAAGUAAUAUCGAGAAAAAAUUAUUGACAGCGGAAAUGGAGGAAUCUGAAAGUAAGAUGAAAGUUGUUGCAGAUAUCAAACUGAUAACAUAUAAUAUUUCUAAACUGAAUAUUGAACCGCAAACAGAAGCUCAACAAGGUGUCAUGAGUCUCAUCAAUAUUGUCAAACCACUAACAGAAUUGAAGGAGGGUAUUGAAAUCUUCGAAAAAAGUGAAGAAACUGUAGCAGAUAGUUUGAAAGAAGAUGUAAAGAAAAAGUUGGAAACCAUGUGUGAGCCUUUGGAAAAACUGUCUUCCGUUUUAGUCAUCUUGACUGAUAGUACAAGCAAACCAGAAAUUAAGAAUGUGAAAAAAGAAAUAAAAAAUGUACUGCUAAGCCUUGAAGAAACUCUGAACGUAAUUAGUGUAGAACUACCGAAGAGCGAAAGUAUAGAUAUACUUACACAACCUAUAAAAAAAUUACAAUGUGAGGUGGGUAGCAUUGAGAAUCAGAUAUUAUCAAUUGAAAAGAGGAAGUCUGUAACUGUUCUGAGGCUUGUGAAUGAUUUGAAAGAAAUUAUCUUCACCAUGUCUAAGGCGAACCUAACGCCUGAAAUGAAAUCACAAAAAAGUAUCCAAGGUAUCGUCAAACUAGUUGAAUCUUUCGAAGAUCUGAAGAAUGGCCUAGAAAGAUAUGAAGAAUCAGAAGAGCCAAUGGGAAUAAUCACUGAAGAUGCGAAUAGAAAACUCGAUAGUCUAAUCACACCCAUGGAAAAAUUAUCUUCAGUUCUGAAAAUCAUGGUUGAUAAUGAAAAAGAAUCAGAAAUUCUGAAUAUUGAACAUGAAAUUCGUAAUGCUCUCCUCAGUCUCAACCAAAAUUUAGAAUUGGUAGAAGUAGGAUUACCAAAAACUGAACACAGUGAAUUCUUGGUUCAACCUAUAAACAAAUUGAAAUGUGAUAUGAGGAAUAUUGAAGAAUCUAUCCGGAAAGAGGAAGCCAAAAUGUUGCAAAUAUCUGAGAUGAAACAACAUGUUGCUGAUCUACAUUUCCUCUCCACUUCUGAAGAGAAAUCGGUUCCUGGCAUUUCAAAGUUAUCCGAACCUCUCAAACAACUCAGAGCUGCUAUGAGUAUUACUGAAGAUGAAGCUAUGGGAACUCUGAGUGUACUCAAUACUCCAAUGGAAAAAUUAUCCGCUCUAAUCAUUAAAGUUGGAGAUUCGUCCUUGAAACCUGACAUGAAAGAAAUUACUCAAAACGAGCUACAAACAGGAAUAUCGUCUUUGCAAGAGGCUAUCUCUAGCUUAGACUCACAACGAUCUGAAAUAAUGCAACCAUUGGAAAAACUGCGAUCAGAACUAUCGGAAUUGAAGGAUUUCAUGUUGAUGGGACAGAAAACCAAGCAAAAGGCAGAGAAAAUCAUUGCUGAAAUAUCCCGUUUCAAUCAGAAUCUCGUGAGUUUCAAGUUAGAACCUUGCGCUACUCCUCUCAAAGCUGCACUCACCAUAGAUCGAAUAAUUGAGCCCUUGAAUGAGUUGAAAGAAGGUAUUCAAGCUUUCGAGGAAGUUGAAGACGAAAAUGUUGGUGUCAUCAAAGAAGAAGCAUUAGAAAAGUUAGGUGUUGUUGAAACGCCACUUCAAAAAUUAUCUAGAGUCCUAGUCCAGAUCAAUUCUUGUGAAAUCAAACCUGUUAUUACUGAAAUGACGAAACCCCAGCUACAAUUAGCUUUGUCAAUAUUCAAAAGUGAAAUUCAGAAGAUUUCUAUGUCUUUACCGGAAUCUAAAUAUAUUCAGUUGUUAGUUCAACCUUUGAACAAAUUGCAGGGAGAAAUAUCCCAAAUAGAAGAGCAUAUUGACGAUAAAAAGUGUGAAAUUGCUAAGCAAAUAAUUGCUGAUAUCGAUUCCAUAAAUUCUCAAGUUGAAAAUAUUGACCUGAAAGAUGAUUCUACAAUAAACGCAAUUUGUAAGAUCUGCAGUCCUUUGCUGGAAUUGAAGAUGACUAUCGAAAAGGAGGAAGCCGUUGAAACAAAACUGGAAGAACUCCAUUCUUCACUGCAAGAAUUAUCUAACAAAAUAGCAGAAACCAAACUACAGAAAGAUAAAGAAAAGAGUUAUUGUAUUGUUGAAAAUCUAACGAAUCUUCGCAGAUCCAUAGAAAGAGUCAAACUUGACGUUGCUAAGUCACAACAUGGACAAGUUCUCAUCAAACCGUUCGAAAACUUGCAAUGUGGUGUGGCUCAAGCCGAACAACAUAUAUUAGACCUAAAGAAGUUUGAUGAAUUGAAAGUUAAAUUGGAAAUUUUGGUAACCGUAAACCAAAAUUUAGCUAUGAUUGAAGCGAGAGAUAGUUCACUAAAGCAAAAAGGAAUAAUCAACAUUGUGAAGAUUAAACAUCCUAUCCUGGGUGUAAUUGAAUGUUUUGAAAAAAAAUCGAUAAAUAGUAAGGAGAAAAUUGAAGAAGCUACGAAAGCUUUGAAUCUGGUCGAAUCAUCAUUUAGAGAAUUAUCUUUCUUUCUUGAAAAAAUUAACAACUCCGAGAAACAAUUCGAAGAUGAUAAUGCAAUGAAGAGUAAUCUCAUGACUAUAUUGAAUGAAGUUGAUACAGCUAUCCAAUGCAUCAAUAAUGAAGGUGCAAUAAAAGAACGUCAUGAAAAGUUAGCAAUCUCCUUUGAAACUUUACAACAAGUAAUAUCUUCAAUUACAAAAGAUAUGAUUGCUGUAGACAAAAAGAAAUCGGAAAUAGCCCUCACAAUUAUAAAUGAAAUCGAAAAAAUACAACAAAACUUAAAUAUAAUGGAUGUAGAAACGGAACCACAAAAAGCAGAAUACGGAAUAACGAAAUUAACUGAACCUCUUAUCGAACUGAAGAAAGGUAUUGAUGCUUUUGAUACUGCUCAAGAAGAAAUAUCUGAUGGUUUGAGAAUAGAAACUUUGGACAAACUGAAUACAAUGAACAGUCCAUUGCAAGAAUUAGCAGCAGUUAUAGAGGUUAUAAAUGAGAGAAAAUCUGCUAUAGAUGUGAAACCUGAAAUACGGAGGAUUCUUUCUUGUAUAGAAAAAAGUAUCAAUGUAAUUAAGCAAGAUCUUCCACCGUUGAAAGAAGCUCAAUGGUUGGUGCAGCCUUUAACUCUUUUACAAGGCGAAAUAUCAGCUAUAGAGAAAAAUAUAUUGAAAGAGAAUUUGAGACAGAGUGGUAUGAAAUUGAAACUCAGUUUAGAUCGGUUUGAGCAAGAUGUUCAAAAGAUUAAUGUAGCUGCCUUGUCCAAACCACAAACAGCCGUCAUAUCCAUAAAUCAGAUAGAGAAACCCAUAAAAGAAUUCAAGGAAAAUAUAGAAAUUUUUGAGAUGCAACAAGAGAUUACAGAUGAACUGAAAAUUGAAGUCUUAGAUAAGUUAGCAGUAGUCCAAGAACCUCUACAGAAGUUGUCUGCUCUUUUGGUUUCCUUCAACAGUACUGCAAUAGCUCCUGGAAUCACACAAAUAACACAACCUAGUAUUUGUUCUUCUUUGUGUGCUAUUAAAAAUGAGAUUCAAAGAUUGACUUUAGACUUACCAAAAUUCCAACAGUGCCGGAUAUUGAAUGAACCACUUGAGAAGCUUCAAGCUCAACUGAUUUCGAUUGAAGAAGACGUUGAAGAAAUUUACCGACUGAGAGACAAGCUAUGCAGUUCAAUAGAAGAUUUCGAAAUUAACGUCAAUAACUCAAGAGAGGUACUUGACAACCAGAAUUGUGGAAUUCCUAAGCUCUCAGAGCCGUUUGAUAACUUUAAGAACUACUUGAAAAGCACAAACGAUCUUGAUAAACGUACUGUAACAAUUCUGAGUGGAAUCAAUUCUCCGUUACAAAAUUUAUCAGCACUAAUUGCUACCGUCAAAGACAUGUCUUUAACACCAGAAGUAGCUGGUAUAGUAAGAUCAGAAGUACACUCUGGCAUAGAGAAUUUGAAGGCCGUUCUAGAAGAUGUUCAUGAAGACUGUUCCAAUAAUUCAACUCUGAAAAAUCUGCUGUUCAAAUUACUGGAAAUUGUUAAAGGUAUAGAAGCUGAAAUAACGAACAUGGAAUUGCAAACGAGAAAAAAGGCAGAGUUGAUCAAAUUAAUCAUUGAUUUUACGAAAAGCGUGCCUGAAAAAUCGACAGAUACAGUGUUGUGUCAUCUCAAAAAGGCCAUACCCACCUUCAAUGAACUUAGUGAAGCUUUGAUGUUCGUAGAGAAGUCUGAGAAGUAUAGAGAAGAUGUGAAGGACACAAUACAUCGUAAUUUGUUCGCAAUGAUUGAACCAUUAGGAAAUAUAUGUGCUAUUCUUGUCAGCAUUCGUGACACAGGCGUAUCUGAAGAGAAGAAGAUUUUGCUCUUGAAUCUUGAAAAGAACCUUAUUGAAUUCAAAGACGUCAUUGGUCAUCUACAAACAAAAACAAGCAUAGACAUGUGUAGAGAGGUAAAUAAAGUUCUUGGAAAAUUGCACGAUGAUCUUAAGUCCAUUCUGUCAGGGGACGAGGAAGCGCAACUUAUAAAUAACAACAUAAUAUUGUUGUUGAAACAAUUCAUGGAAGAGAUGAAAGUUUUGAAAUCCAGAAGUUCUGACUUAUUCCCAGUGGAUAAAUUAGAUAAAAUUUCAAACUGUAACUUGGUCUCAACUCUUGAGAGUCAGAAAAGACAAUUCCCCAAAGUUGUGGUUGAGAAACUUGAAAAUUUUGAACAAGUGCUAGAUGAGAACGUUGUGGCUUUGGUAAAAUUGUCUUCGAAUAUUGAAGAACCUAAUUUAUUCCAGAACGCCAAGGAAAAUUUGUUGAAGAUCCUGAAGAAAUUAAGUGAAAGUAGUAAAGACGUUUCUUCUUCCUUGGAAUCAUCAACAGAAUUAGCAGUAUCUCUCUCAGAAUUUUCUUCUAGGAUAACUGAUCUUCUCGACGUAAAGCCGGUGAAGAAAUCAGUAGAAAAUAAAGUCAGCACCUCUAUAGCAGAUCUUAUUGCAAAUCUCAAUGAUCUAAAACAAGAAACUGUUCUAAUAAAAGCCUUCAAGAAUGUUUGCAUUACUGCACUGUUGAAUCUGGAAACACCACUUAUAGCAUUUAAGGAUAACGUAGACAAGCUCGGAACCAAUUUCUUUGCUUCCUUCCAGACUUCGAAAUUCGAAACUAAACUACUUUCAUUUAGAACCAACAUCGUAACUUUGCAAUGUGUGUUAGCCAAUAAAGAUCUUCUGAAGAAUGAAAUGUAUGAGCUGUCUAAAACUUUAAAAUCACUUGAGAAUAACUUGCGGCAGCUCCAAAAAGACCAGUUGUCGAAAAAUAUUGAUAUUAACGCAACAACUUCUUUGAGAAAACAUUUGAUUGUUGUAAUCGAAAGUAUUGAUAACGAAAAAUACGAUCAAAAAGUGUUGAGGCAACUCAUCGAUACGUUCAGAGAAUUAGAAACUAAUAUUCAGAAAUUGAAAAAAAUGAAAAAGAGUGAUCUGAAUGAAGAUAUCAGAAGAACUUUAGAAUUGUCAGAGAAUUUGAAGAACAUCGAUGAAAAUCUUGGAGUUGCCAAGCAAGUUAGUCAAAAUUCGAAAGACAUCUCUGAGAAAGCUUAUGAGAAACUGAAAAGUUUCCAGGAGAACUUAAGAAGUUUUAGUAUACAUCUAAACAAUAUAGAAGUGAAUGUAAACACUAGCAUUUACCAGAGCCUUCUUGAACAACAUUCUGAUGUUACAAAUAAUCUUAAAGCAUCUCUAGAUGUUCUUCUCAAUUUGCACCCUGAAAAUGAAACUAUGGAGGUGAUACUGAAUGGCUUAGGCUUACUUAAAAAUAUUUUCAAUACUUUAACAGAACAAGCGAAAGAUUCUAAGAGCAAAAGAAGGAACGAUAUGCAAAUUCUUGAUGAAUUCGAGAAGGCACUUUCUAAUUAUCAGAAGAAAAUUCCGAAUGUCGUAUCAACCUCGAAACUGGGAGAAUCUUCAGGAUUAACCAAACUCUUACAACCCACCUCCAUUCUUAUUGAAACCUUGAGAGAACUGAGGUCUGACAUUUUAUCAGAAUAUUCUCAACAAAGAGAUUGUGAUGGAACGAUGGUGGAAAAUAUGUCUAGAGAAAUCAAAGGAAUUGAAACAUUCACAGAAAAACUUCAAGGAAAAGAUAUAUUGGAACUGAAAAUUAUUCUCACAGAUUUGAAGGACAACUUCAAAAAUCUGAAAUUGACUAGUAUCGAUGAAGAAUUUUUCAGUCCUCUAGAUUUACCUAUUGAUAUGAUGAUAAGAGCCAUCGAUGGCAUAAUAAGAGUGAUAAAGUCAAAUGAAGAGAGCGAUGAGGAAUUGUCUGAAAAAGAAGUAAGUGAAGAUGAGUUGGUUGAAAAAAUAAAAGAUCCUUCAAACGAGCCACAAGAAGUUUUGAAGACACGAAAUGAAAAAGAUGAUGAGGAAACUCACGACGAAAGUAAUGCACAAAAUUCGGCAGAAAGAAUCGUUGAUAAAAUUGACAUUGAAGAAGAACAAAUAGUGAAAACAACAAAUGGUCGUGAAGAUAAAGAAAAAACCAGCAAUAUUCUUGUAGAAGAAAAAUUGAUGAGUUCAGAAAAACAAAAAUGUUUCAAAGAUGAAAACGAAUUGAGUAAAAAUAAGGAUACUAAUGAGGAUGAGUUGAAGUUGAAGGAAAAAGAAUCAAGUACUGAGGUGCAAAAAACAUCUGAUGCAAGUGAAAUGAAAGAUGACAAAGAAAAUUCUGAGUGUGAGAAGAUCAUAGAAAAUGAAAUCAAUGUGAUGAAAACAGAGGUUUGCGAUGACAAAGGAAUUAAUCAUGAAGAUGAUGAAGCAUCAGAAGAUAAUAAAAAAAUAGAAUCAAAAAAAGAAGAUGAAAAAAAGACAUCAAAGCAAAUAGUAGGAGAAGAAAAGCAAUCUGAACAGACUGAUAAGUUAGUAGAAAUAAAGAAGAAGGACAGUGGCGUGAAGGAAAUACACUCAGAGAAACAAGAAGACACUAAUAAACCAGUAGAAGUCAAGGAGGAAGAUAUUGAAAUGAAAGAGAAACACAUACAGAAAGAAGCAGAAAUUAAUGAACGUGUAGAUUUGAAAACGAAAGAUAGUGAAGUGAACGAAAAACAGGUUCAAAAACAAGAAGGAACUAAUGAAGGAAUGGAAAUAAAGAAGAAAGACAGUAAAGUGAAACAAAAAAGAAAAAAUAAAAAUGGAAAAGUAGAAAUUAAGAAAGAAGAUAGUGGAGAAGAAGACAAAAAAGUUCAAAAACAAGAAGCUAUAAAUGAACGAGUCGAAAUAAAGGAGGCAGGCAGUGAAGUAAAAGAAAAACAUAUUCAAAAAGAAGAAGAUACUAAUGAACAAGUGGAAAUGAAGGAAAAAAAGAGUGAAGUGAAACCAAAACAAGAGGAUCCAAAUGAAAGAGUUGGAAUGAAAGAGGAAACCAGUAAAGUUACAGAAAACCUCAAUCAAAAACAAGAAGAUUUUAAUGAACGAAUGGAAAUAAAGAAGGAAGUUAGUGAAGGGAACGAAAAACAGAUUCAAAAACAGAAAGAUACUAAUGAACAAGUGGAAAUAAAGGAGAAAAAGAGUGAAGUGAAACAAAAGAGAAAAGAUACAAAUGGAAAAGUAGAAAAAAAGAAAGGAGAUAGUGGAGUAAAAGACAAAAACGUUCAAAAACAAGAAGAUGUAAAUGACCAAGUAGAAAUAAAGAAGCCAGGUAGUGAAGUGAAAGAAAAACAUAAUAAAAAAGAAGAAGAUACUAAUGAACAAGUGAAAAUGAAGGAGAAAAAGAGUGAAGUGAAACAAAAACAAGAAGAGACAGAUGCAAUAGAUGGAAUUAAAGAGGAAACCAGUACAGAAAACCUCAAUCAAAAACAAGAAUAUAUUAAUGAACAAGUGGAGAUAAGGAAGGAAGAUAGUGAAGAGAUAGAAAAACAUAUUAAAAAACAAGAAGAUACUAAUAAACAAAUGGAAAUAAAGGGGGAAAAGAGUGAAGUGAAACAAAAACAAGAGGAUACAAAUGAAAAUGUAGGAAUGAAAGAGGAAACCAGUAAAGUUACAGGAAACCUCAAUAAAGAACAAGAAGAUGCUAAUGAACGAGUGGAGAUAAAAGAGAAAGACAGUGAAGUGAAAGAAAAACAUAUCCCAAAACAAGUAGAUACUAACGAACGAAUAGCAAUAAAAGAAGAAACUAGUGAAGUUACAGAAAACUUCAACCAAACACAAAAAGAUAUUGAUGAACGAGUGGAGAUAAAGAAGGAAUACAGCGAAGAGAAAGAGAAAGACAAUGAAAAACAAGAAAUCAUCGAGAGUAAAGACCAGGAGGUGAAGAUUGAAGAAGAAAUAACCAAGAUGCCUGGCACAUUGGAAGAGAAAAAGAAGCCAGAACCUGUACAAUAUGGUAAAGAAGAUAUUCAAGAUAUGGUUGAUGAAACGCAAAUGAAAGGAAAUAUUGAAUCACAGAUUGAUGACCGAAAAGAGGAAACUAAACCAGAAGGAAUCAAUAAGUCCUUGGAAGUUGAGAACAGAAGAGAAGACGUAGACAUUCAUGAAAAGAAAGCAGAUAAGUCAACUGCAGAUAAAAACGAAACUUCUAUCGAAACAAAAACACAGAAGAAAAGAAAAUCGAAAGGCACAGUCGAAAUGAAAAAAGAAUGUGGAAAGGCUGAAUCUGAAGAUAGCACUGAAAAAACUGAGAAAUUGGAAAAGGUUCAAAAAAUUGUGGAUCAACAUAAAGACAGUGAGAGUCACGCUGAGACUAUGACUGUCGAUAGAAAAGAUCAAGUACCAAAGAUUGAGAUGCAAGAGAAGACAGAAGAAAUUAAAACAGACUCCAUCAAGGAGAAAGUACCAGAAAAAUUAAUAGAGGCCAAGGUCAGUUCUACAGAUGAUGAAAAGAAAGUAUUGAAAAUUGAAGAACCUAUAGGCCAACUCAAUGAUGAAUCACAUAAAUCCGUGGAAAAAAGAGGUACAAAUUCAUUAGAAAUUCGAAAUGAGGACCUUAAAAUUGAUAUCAAAACAAAAUCAGAUGAACCAAAGGAAAAGAAAAUCGUCUCUGAGGAAUUGACGAAGAAUGAACAGAAGAAAGAGACAGAAAAUGAUAAAAAAGCUGCUGAAGAGAUCGAAAAAGUACCGGAUAAAUCAGAAAGUGGAAGCAAUAUUCAGGAAACAGAACAAAAAGAGGCGCUGGGAGAAAUUAUAGAAAAAGAAAAGGUUGACACCGAUAGUAACACUAAGAACUUAGAUGAAAUAUUGCAAAUAAAGGCAGAUGAAAAGUCUGAUGUCGAAAAGAAAAUUAAGAGAAGGAAAGAAGGAGAAAAUGCUGAAAAACAAAAGGUCAAAAAAGGUGAAAAAGUCGAGGCUGCGGAUACAAAUAUUCCAGUUGAGGUGAAAGGAGAUACAGAAAUAAAAGGACCACAUCUAGAUAACGCUACACAAAAGAUGGAAUCUAAAAAUGCCGAAAUAGUAAAAGAUAUUGUGAAUGGCGUACAAGAAAACCAAUGGGUCGCUCAAGUUGAUAUUGAAGAGAACAAAAACAUUGUGAGAACACAUGAAAGCGAUGAGACAAAGGAAAUUUCGAAGGAAAAGACAAAAACCGAUGAGAAAAAAGACGAUGUCACACUGAUUUCAACAGUAUCAUCUACCAAAAAUAAAGAAUCGAUGAAAACAGAUAUAAAAGUGAAAGACAUGAGAAAAGUUAGUAAGAGUAGAGAUGCAUUGUGCGAGAAGUUAUUAGAUGAGGUGAAACCACAAAAUGGAGAGUCAAAACCUAGGAAGAUAAUAGGGCAGAAAACUGAACAUGAACCCAGAAUUAAGGAUAACGUGUCUAGCAACAAAAGAAAUAUUCCUGAAUCUGAAAACCAAACAGUACAAAAUGGUAGUAGGAGUAUAGAAGAUAACAAAACCGAAUAUAUAAAGAAAUCAAACAUGACGUUUACUGGAAGAGAUAAUUUUGAAAUUUUACCAACUGGUCCAAAGGCUUAUAUGGGAGAAAGACAUACGAACAGAGCUCCAAUUUUUAGCACUUGCCUUUUCGAUAAAUCAGCUGUUGUUUCAUCCAACGUCAAACUAACCUGCACCGUUUUGAUGAGAGAUACAAAAACCAUAAGAUGGUUCAAAGAUGAGUCUCUCAUACAGGAAAACAGCAAGUACUACAUAAAUUUCCAAGAUGGUAUAGCAGAGCUAGAGGUGAAAGGAGUUUCUAUGAAGGAUAGUGGUGAAUACAGAUGUGAAGCUACGAAUGAUCAUGGAGCGUCAGUAACCAGAGCUUAUCUGACAGUAGGCGAAGAUAAGACUCAUCAGAAUAUUAAGAACGCCAUUUUCAGAGAAAGUUAUAGAGCCAAAGACGACGAGUUGACUUUAGAGUGUCGGUUGAAGUGUCGCCAACCACACUAUUUGAAAUGGUACAAAGACAACGAGGAAAUCAGCUUGGAUGGACGUUAUAUUCUGAACUACCUUGACGAUGGUAUUGCCCGGUUGGUCAUUACGAAACCAAACGAAUCAGAUGCCGGUGUUUACACUUGUACAGUGGCCGAUUCUGCUUACACCGAACAACUUUCACAUUCCUUGAAAUUUACAUCGGAAAGACCUAGACAUGUCCACAUUCCAAGUUUGCCAAAAGAUGACGAAGCAAUGCUGGUAACUCCUAGAAUUCCCAGAAGUUUUUCCGAGAGAGUCAUAUCUGAUUCUAAAUUCGAUUCGAGUGUUACUCAACCUAUAGUAACAAGGGAUUACCAUCCACCAUCGACCAAAAACCUCAGUUCACCAAUUUUCGAAAGAAGUCUUACCGACCAUAUGGUACCAGCUGGAGGAGUGAUGGCUCUUCAGGUUGAGAUCAAAGGAGAACCAACGGAGGUUUCGUGGUUUAAGGAGGGUCAAAAAUUGGUGCCAUCAUCUACUAGGCACCGCACCUUUGAAGAAAGAGGGGUCUAUACGUUGCUCAUACCAAAUAUUAGUGAAUAUGAAGCUGGUAAAUACACUUGUAGAGCUGUAAACUCUAAUGGAAGAACCGAGACGUCUUCUUAUGUUAAUGUGCUUCAACCAGGAGUUAUAAGAGAUGGAAAAUCCGCCAUGUUCUUAUCCAGGCCAGAAAAGGUGCUCAACGUAUGCUUGGGUGAAGAUGUUUCAGUGUCUUUCAGGAUAGGUGGUGACCCUAAGCCUAAAAUUUUCUUAAUGAAGGGUUUAACCGAUAUCACCGACAGUUCAAGAUGCUUCAAGGAAACAUCAGAUGAUUAUAACCGUUUCACGUUGAAGGCACUUACAGAUAAAGACAUGGGUACUUACUGCAUAUUGGCGAAAAAUAACCAUGGUUGCGAUAGGGCUUUCUUUACAUUAACACUGAGGAGAAGAGCUCGAUCUGAGACUCCUACUAGGGAUGUAUCCAAAGAGAUCCUCGAUGGUAUACCUUCUUAUUUGGAAAGGAAUUAUCUUCAAGAUGUUCCUGGACCAAUAUCAGACAAGCCCUCGGUCACGGACAGCGGCAAGAACUGGAUAUCUCUCUCCUGGGGCAAACCAGAACACCGGGCAGCUCCAGUCAUAGCCUACAGGAUAGAAGCAUGGCUAAGGGGAGGAGAGGGAGCUAGAUGGAAGGAGUUAGGCAUCUCUCCCAUCAACAGUUUCGACGCCUUCAAUUUGAAACCAGGUGGGGCGUACCAGUUCAGAAUCACCCCUCGUAAUAGAUACGGGUGGGGAGAGGCUGUGCAGAGUGACAUAAUCGUUGUUGGGGAUGCUUCUGGGCUGCCGGAAUUCACCAGGAUACUGCCAGGUCAACUGAAGACGCUGUUGGGAUCUACGGUGGCUUUGGAAUGUGAGCUCAAAGUUGAGUCUUCACCAACGAUCAGAUGGUACAAAAACUCAUCGGAAAUUGAUGUUGAUUCUGACAGCAGAUUUACCAUGUCCUACCACCAAAACGUAUGUGUUCUGACCAUAUCUAGUCUCCGUAGGGAUGAUAGUGGCAGAUUUAUUUGUGAAGCCACCAACAGAGCAGGAAGAGUGUCAACAUUCUGCAGGUUGUUUGUGGUAGAUGACCCAUCCAUUUUUGCUGCCGAUGAAAACCUAAAACUAAAUUUUGGAGGAGUUGAUAAGCACAAAGCCGUUCCACCCCAAUUCACGAUGAGACUUCGAGAUAGGAGAGUCCAAGUAUCAUAUCCAGUAAGACUAACCUGUCAAGUGAUGGCAGCACCUUCUCCAGAGCUGGUUUGGUUGAAGGACGGCGUAAAAAUAGAAGCAGAUGGUCGAUACAGUUUUUGGUCAGACGACAACUUCCAAACCCUGGAAAUAGAAAAGACUGAUCUCAGAGAUUCGGGAGUUUACACCGUGACAGCCAAAAACGAUUAUGGAACCAUUUCUUGCAGGUGUAACUUGGUAGUAGAUCAAGGUAUAAGGGCUUACAUACCUCCGGAAUUCAAAGGCCAACUUGAGGCAUCAUCAGUUGUGUUGAAAGAAGGAGAAGAGCUUCGUUUGUAUGGAAAAAUCGAGGCGUAUCCCAUUGUUGGCGUGGUUUGGUACAGAGAUGGCAUGAGGUUGAGACCAUCCAGAAAAUCUGUGAUGACCUUGUCAUACGAUGGUAGGGUAGAGUUAUCUGUGGCAGAUGCCGCACUCAAGGAUGCUGGACUGUAUUCUUGUGUUGCAACGAAUGAAGUCGGUAGAGCUGAGACAAGUCUAAGGGUGGAAGUUAAGGAAAAUAAGGAAGUGAAAGAUGCUCAAGCUCUUGUACCACAAGAUGGAAAGUUGUACUCUAAGGAACCACGUUUUCUGAAAAAACCUAGAUCUACGGAGGCUUAUGAAGGUGAUAACAUCGUAAUAUUGUGCGAAAUUAUUGGAGAUCCUGAACCAGAAGUGAUGUGGCUGAGAGAUUUUCUGCGGCCUGAUUAUUAUCGUGACGCUCCACAUUUUCAUCGAGUCGACCAAGGCCACGAAUAUCGCUUAGAAAUACCAAAUGCCAAGAUCGACUUCACCGGGACAUAUACAGUGUACGCCAAAAACUGCCAUGGUGAUGCCAAGGCUAUCAUAUCACUCCAAAUAAAAGUUAAAGAAGGAGCAAAAGUAGGCAAAACAAUGGAUGAGAAGAAGAUCAGUGAGUUCCAGACAGUGCCAUCUAUAAAGAGGGAACUGAAAGAUAUCAAAUGCUGUGAUGGAGAUUCAGUGACCUUCGAGUGUGAGGUUGAGGGCACCCCCACUCCUGAUGUUAAAUGGGAAAAAGCAGGGAAACUUAUACACCUUGGGGGGGAUUUCAAUGCGGACUUGGAAGGCACAAUAGCACGUUUGUCUAUCAAACAGGUUUAUCCUGAAGAUGAGGGCGAAUAUUCUUGUGUAGCAUUCAAUGAACUAGGAAAAGCAACAACCUCCGCAUGUCUCAUUGUAGAUUUGCCCGAGGAAAAAGAAAACAUCCUCAGCCAACAACUGCACAGACCUCCAGGUCACACUCUCGAACCCAGCCCCAUAACCUCACCAAGAUCAACCCCUAGACGCAGCCCUUCUCCAAGGGUACGCCCAAGAGACGUUCUCAUCAACACCGGACCUCACCGAAGGGUCAGAGCAACAGCACCCAAAUUCUACACCAUACCCCACAAUCGCAUCGCCGAAGAAGGUGAAACCGUGAAGUUCCAAUGCGCCGUUGCCGGUUAUCCAGACCCCUACACCAGCUGGGAAAAGAACGGCGUCGUCGUAACACCAAACCACAAGACCAGAAUCUCGGAACUGGACGAUCUGAGGGUACUGGAGCUGAAGGAGGUCACCAAGGAGGACUCCGGAACGUACAAAAUCAUCCUGGAGAACGAAGUUGGGAAGAUAGAGGCGUCUGCGCGUUUGGACGUGGUUGUUCGUCGGAACUACCACACUUUGACUACGAGAACCAGGGCCAGAAGCUUGUCGCCUAGAGUUUCGUCUUAUGGGAGGAGUCUGAUAGGUUCCACUGGGCUGUUUGGGAGCCGGACAAGGCUGCAAUGUGAUAUAAGGACAGUACCAACGCCUUAUCUCAAGUGGUACCGCGACGGCGUACCUGUGGAAGAGAGCCAGAAGUACCAUAUGUCUUCCAGUGGUACCAAAGCGUUCUUGGACAUAGCUGAAGUAUCCCACCAAGAUGCAGGAGUGUACCAAUGCGUAGCUGCGAAUGAUACUGAAUCCGUUGACAUAUGGGUGAAACUGGAGGUGAUCGAUUCUCUCCAACUUCUUGAAGCGCUACCGGAAGUGUUGAAGGUGGCAGAAGGACAUCAGUUGAAGUUGAGCUCGAAGGUCAAUGUUAGGCAGGACCUGGAUGUUGUGUGGAUGAAAGACGGCUGUGUUAUUCCGGAUUGUGAUGAAUUUAAACAGUUGGUUGGUGAUGAUGGUAGCGUGGAACUCAGGAUUGACAAUUGUGGGGCUGUGCAUGGUGGUGAUUAUAGGUGCGAGGUUUACACGCCUUUUGGUGAUGUUAUGUCGAAGUGCAAGGUUAGGAUUGAGGAUGUGAAUGAUCAGGUGGAAUUUGUCAAGAAGCCUUCUCCUGUGAUUGCAAUUGAAGGUAAAAAAGCAUCCUUCUGUGCAAGGAUCAAACAGAAGUCUUACGAGCAAAAAUAUCGCAUAGAUUGGGAAGUGGCUGGUAGACCAGUUACAAACUCUUCUAAAUUUACAGUAGAGGAAGACCGUGACGUCAGCGUGCUUCAGAUAGCCAGCGCCGGACGCCACGAUGCUGGCCCGGUGAGGUGCCUGGUCCGUCGAAGGCGGAUCGGCAGAACGAUCCGACAGUCGCAUUCGCGCGGCGACCAAGAGUGGACUGCUGACGACGAAGACGACGACGCGAUCUUGUGUUCCUGCGACGCGGAGUUGACGGUGGUUGGCGAUAUAUCCGAGCUUGGUGCCGACGGAGGCGUCGCGAUGGAGGUGCUCGAGGGCGCGAGGAAGACGGUGGACGACGUCGAGGCGGCGGACGAGCCGGCCAUGCUGCUCAGGGGGCCGCUGGAUACGACGGCGCUGGUCGGAGAUAGGGUGUUACUCAAGGCUACGUAUAUGGGCCGUCCGGAUCCGACUGUCAGGUGGACUAGAGCGGGCCGGGAGUUGAAGAAUGACGAAAAAACAAGCAUCACCAUUGGUAAUGGCGUGACAUGUCUGCUUCUCCAGAACAUCACUGCAGAUGAGAGUGGAAAAUACGACGUUUGUGUUGAAAAUUACCAUGGUUCAGAUUGCAGUUUCGCUUCGGUGUCAGUAGAAGGUCCUCCUGAUCCACCAAGUGGCAAGCCGAGCAUCACCGCCUCGUCCGACGCCGUGACAGUGACCUGGAGCAGUUCUCCCUACGAUGGGGGCAGGAUAGUUACCGGUUUCGCGGUCGAGUACUGCCUAGUGGGCAGCGACAUCUGGACCGAAGUGACGGAAAACUGCCAUUCCCUUUCGUACACCUUCAGGGGAUUGCAACCUGGAGCGCGAUAUGUGUUUAGGGUUAGGGCUCAAAAUGUGCAUGGGUACAGCAGGCCGGGACUGGAAUCUGACAUCUUGCAGUUAGAAGAACUGAACGAAAUCUCAACCUUCGAGCCCAGGAUGGUUUCGUUGGAGCCAGGACCCGAGUUCAAGGCCCGCUACGAUAUUUUGGAGGAACUUGGCAAAGGGAGAUUCGGCGUGGUGCACAAAGUGGUCGACAAGGCAACGUCGCAGAAGCUCGCUGCCAAAUUCAUAAGAUGCAGGACAGCCAAAGACAGGGACAAGGUCCAGGAAGAGAUAGACAUAAUGAAUCAGCUGAGGCACCAAAAGCUGCUCCAGUUGGCUGCAGCCUUCGAGAAUCCCAGAGAAAUGAUAAUGGUCAUGGAAUACAUUUCCGGAGGGGAGCUCUUCGAACGGGUGGUUGCCGACGAUUUCACGUUAACAGAAAAAGACUGCAUACUCUUCGUCAGGCAGAUCUGCGAGGGUGUGGACUACAUGCACAGUCAGAACAUCGUGCAUUUGGACCUAAAACCGGAGAAUAUAAUGUGCCACACGAGGACCUCACACGAGAUCAAGAUCAUCGAUUUCGGGUUGGCCCAGAAGCUGGAUCCCGAGAAGCCCACCAGGGUUCUGUUCGGAACCCCGGAAUUUAUACCGCCUGAGAUUAUCAACUACGAGCCUAUCGGACUGAAGUCGGACGUAUGGUCUAUUGGUGUCAUAUGCUACGUGCUAUUAUCAGGACUGUCACCAUUCAUGGGUGACAACGACGCUGAAACCUUCGCCAACAUCACCAGAGCCGACUACGAUUUCGACGACGAAGCCUUCAAUACAGUCUCCCAGAACGCAAGAGACUUCAUUUCUGCCGUUCUUGUAAACAGGAUGGAAGAUCGUCUAUCUGCAGAACAAUGCAUGAAACACACCUGGUUGGACCCUGACAAUCACCAAGAGACUGUUAUUCUCUCUACAGACAAACUGAAGAAGUUCAUCAUACGCAGGAAGUGGCAGAAAACAGGUAACGCCAUACGUGCUUUAGGAAGAAUGGCAACUCUCUCAGCGAGCAGAAGGAAUUCGGCUAACAAUUCUACGCCCAACACUCCUAGGCCUUCACUUACAGGUGGCACUGUAAACUCGAUGUUACCUAGGAAUGAUGGUUUUCUUGAUGCCGGUUUCCAUUCGCUCACUUUAGAAGAUACAGUACAAGAGGUUGAUCAGUCAGAGGAAGAAACAAGCUACGUUGCAGAAGAAGAAAUCAGAGAUAUGAACCCAGAAGGCGUAAAAGUUGAAGAGGAACCUCAAACAAUGAAUAGCCAAGAGGUUAUUGAUGAAAAAGUUGACGAAACUAUAACGAACGCAGACUCUAACGGAAAUUACGAAAUUGAAGAAAAAAAUACAAAAAUAUACAGUGAAAAUACCACAGAGGAAAUAACACGUGUCAUCGAAAACGAACACAUCUAUCCCAAAGACGAAAACUCGAACUGCAGCCCCAGGUCGGUGAAGAUGAGGUCUUGCACGGAGAGGAGCGACAGCGGCAUCAGCUGCUCCUCCCACCUCACCACCAGCUCUACCGCGUCCACCCCCCUCUUAGGUAAAAAAAUCUCUAUCGUUGAAGAGCCAGAAUACAGAAGGCCUACUCUUGCAGAUAGCAACGAAUCGCUCAAUUUGACCUCUUCGAAAUUGAUAACUUUGAGUUCGAAGUUCGAGAGUAGGGAGACCUUGGCGGGAAGGCCGAAAGAGGUACUCCCUAGCGAGGAGAACUUGAGGAGCGCUGUCAGGUGCAAAGCUGUCAACGUUAAGUUGGAAGAUAAGAUAGAGACUUUCGAGAAUGGCAAAUCCACCCAUUCGGCAAAUGGCUUGAAGAAGGUGCCAAUGUACUCAACCUAUACGUCAAGGACAGUAGCUAGCGCCAUCAAGAAAUUCGACCAUCUAGAUAAGACCCCACCCAAAUCUCCCUCAAAACCAAGUACCACCUCCAAAGUAGAACAUGAAUCAGACAGCAAUUCCAAGCAAUCUGAAAGGAUAGGAAGACUGGAAGAACCUAGAACGAGAAGCAGAUCUAAAUCCCCUUGUCCAAAAAUCGACAAAACAAACACUAUUUCUCCCAAAUCACCAUACGAUAGGUCUAGGUUGAGGGCAACGUCUCCUCGUCCACAAACUAAAAACAGUGAUAAAAAUUUACCAAAAAUAACGGUGGAAAAAGAGCAUGUUACAGUUAACAACUCGACAUCCAUGCCCAAUAGACUGGUAACGUCAGAUGUGAAAUGUGCGAACAGUAACUCAACACUAAUUCCACAUCAAACGGUGAGGUGUAGAAGUCCCUCGCCAUCUUUAUUGAGGAAAACUCAAUCUUCCCUGGCCAAAGAACAAAACAACGAACGAUACGUGAGCAAAAUAUCUAGCAGAAAUGGGAUGAACAGCGUUAAGAGUCCUAGCAAGAAUGGCGCUUUGGUGCCAAGGAUCGACAAGCCUCAAAGUGAGAAGUUUCAAAGGGUUUCUGCGUUUUGGAACGCGCCCAAAUCGUAACGUAGCCUGUGACUUUAUCUUAGCCUGUAGGUUUCAAAAUGUAUAUAUUUUUCUCAUACCAAACUUGUGCCUUAAGAAUUAUAAUAUGUAUACUUAAAAGUUGAUUUUAGCUCUCUUGUGUUUGACAGUGUAUUGUACCCUCUAUUGUAUGUUGAAGAAAUAUAUUUAUUGUUUCAAA